AUGAACCAAUUCUGGUCUAAGAAACCAUUUCUGGACUACUUUCGAUCUGUUUAUGAAACUUUCCAAAUCACUACUAGUUACAUUUCCGAUCUCUAUUCUAGUGUCUAUUUUCGUAUCUCAACUUUCUCAUUUCGCGAAUCAUCUUGUCACUCCAUCUUCUCACCACAUGGCUACAUGGCUACUAUAAACAUAGAUGAGGUUGAUGGGCCUGUCCAGUUUCACCUCCAGACUGUGGUUCGUGAGGAAUCUCUAGAAGAGGGUGAAACCCUUACUGAUGUCGCUGUGUACCAAUCCAACUUGUACGUGGGAACUUCAUUGGGAAACGUUUUACACUAUUUUCGGUUCGAUGACUCUCCAGUUUACAUACUUAUUUCUCGAAUAUCCGUGUCCUCGAACCAGAAACCAGUGAACAAAAUCUUGGUACUCGAAUUGGUUGAACGGGCUCUCAUCUUGUGUGGCAGUGUUGCCAGUGUAUAUACGCUACCGGAGCUUUCUCCAUGCAAACUCGGAAAACUUAAGGAUAUUCGAACCAUAGAAUCGCUUUCCUACAAGGAGGGACUCCAAAAUUCAUCUAAUGCAUCACAAAAAGCUUUUGUUGUCGGGUACAACAAGGUAAGAAUUAUUCAGAUUGGUCGCGAUCUGAUCAAGCUUGUCAAAGACGUCAACUAUAACGACGCAAUUGAUGGGUUGUCUUGCUCGGCAAAGUCUGCCACCGCAUAUAGCAACCUCGUGGUUGUUUCGAACAAGUCAAACUAUGAUCUUAUUGACCUAAAAGAGACAAGAAUGAUCAGCCUCUUCAAGUAUAAGUCCACCGACGAUUCCUCCAUCGCGCCACAUUGUGCUUCUUUCACUUCGGAAUCGGGUCGUGAAGAGUUUCUCUUGACUAUUCAUGCCGACUCGUCUACUUCAAUAGCUAUGUUUGUUAAUAGCGAUGGUGAUGUUACCCGAGGAACUCUUUCGUGGGUGGAUCUCGGAUACCCUCAAAGUAUAGCCACACAAUGGCCCUACGUUUUCACCGUCAUGGACAACUCGGAGCUUGUUGUAUCUUCGCUCCAAUCAAUUGAACAUAAAGCUCAGAAAAAGCUCGAGGGACUUCGACUAAUUCAACUGGCUCGAUCUGUGGAAUGCAAAGACAAUAUUUCUUCAAGUUUUUUGACAACAGUGGAUGUUUCUACUGGUGAAACUACCCACUGCGAACUCAGCACCCAUUCCAAAGUUCUAGCAGUCACCUCGAACGAACUUCUGAUCAUACAUAAAACCGACCAAUUGUCAUUACUUGCAACACAGUUUCAGGACUUGAUGAAACAAGCAGAACUAAACUUCAGUGAUUUGGAAAGCUUGUCAGAACGUGUCCGUGAGCAUUCAAAAGCCGUGUCCGGCUCAUCUGAACUGUUUUGUAUUCACCUUCUUUCGCUAAUCUACAUCAUUCUCAAAGAUCAUGAAAAGAGUAUUGAAAUCUUGUUAAAGACCAAAGACGACACUCUUCUCAUCGACCCACAAUUCAUGACUUAUACCUAUAAAGCGAAGUCGGAUGAGGGCUACAAGAUAUACCAAACUUUGAAGGAAGUAAUCGAUGGCAUGGAUCUGAAUUCUUUGGAUGAGCAAAUCUUCAAAGAUUGCUUACUUCAAACUCACCGCUACUAUUUGGCUUUAGACUUAGCCAAGCUUACUGAAUCUGCGAAGAAGAAGUGCUGCUUUAUCAGAGAGAUGAUUUACACCGUAGUUUUCACACGAAGCGACGAAGCUAUAAAAUUUGCAAAAGGAGCAGAUACCACAGGUUGGACCCAGUUUAAGAAGGCCAAUAGCAAAAUCAUGGAAUUUGUUCGCCAAGGCACAAACUACUGGGCACGAAUAGAAUUUCUCAAGCUUCUCGGAAACCAAGAACAGGACGUACUUGUCAAACAGGAGUAUGCCGUUGAAAUUUGUAAGUAUUCCAUGAUGGUACUCAAAGGUGAGAUUGUGGAUCCCGCUUUCAAGGAAGAAGAUCGAGGAGCCUUGUUGGAUACGUUUUUGGAACUCCUUCAAACCAGCUUUUAUGACGAGAAACUCUAUGCCAAAAACUUGUUGCAAUUUCUUGACAUAGAUAUGAACAAGGGUGUUUCGUUUCUCAGAAGCCAAAAAGGCGGAAAGUUCAAGGCAACUCACAAACAUAUCUUGGAAGAAAUAUCAUCAAAGUACGACGAUAAGAAGGAUGAGAUUUAUCAGCUCAAAGCUGAGUUUGCUGAAGCCAGUCUCAGGGACGAUAUAGCUGACAUUAGCAAUCUCGAAGACUUGUCGACGUUGUCAGAGACAUUGGUGGAAAUAGUCAGUAUGCUAUCCUCCAGAAGUUCCGAUGCUGAAAUUAUGAACUUUCAGAUUCUUCAGCAGACAUAUCAAAUCGAGAAUAACCUUGAAACUUUGGAUUGGCCAAAGCUAACAUGGCUUGAUUAUCUCAGUGCCAAUAUGAGACGAAGUGAAUGCCCGGAGUAUAUUGAGUUGUACUUGAAAGCCGCUGAACUUCUCAUAGUUGAGUUUCAUUGGCUUCAGAAUCAUGAAGAAAAAGAAAAGGUGUUGACUCUUUUAAGUGCUGAACAGUACGAGUAUCUUCGGUGGAUUAUUUCUGGUACUGAAAUGAUAACGAGGCUACUCAGCGUGGGUGACUUCUCAAAUGCUGAGUUUUAUGCCAAGUACGGCAGACUUCCAUUACAAUCUCACCCAUACUACUUUGAAGAUUUUAAAGAAAGAGCAACAGAAAAUUCUAAUGAUUCAAACAGCAUUAAAGCUGGUCUCACGAGCAUACUUGAUCACUACUUGAAGUUCGUGCUAGACAAAAACGGAAACUAUUCGAUAAUCCAGAUGUUUCUACAAAGAUAUGGAGAACCUUAUUUUGACGCAUAUGAUAUUAUCAGGAGACUUCCCGAACUGUUUCCUGUGAGUUAUGUACAAGAAUAUCUUCAACAAGAAUUGUUGCGGCGAGUUGUGAUAUCUAGGCAUGUUACAUCGACAAAAGCUUUGGCUAGGUUUGAAGUCAAAUCGACAUCAGCAUUGAUACAAAGUCUUGACAAUGGUGGCUAA